AUCGGUUAUCAGGCGAAGUACGGACGCGCGCGCGCGCAAACCAACAGUUGAUGUUCGCGCGUCGAAAGGAAGACACAUCCGCUAGCCGCCUAGCGCCCUUGUGACUUGUGAUCGAUACACAUCGCGUGGUGAUAAUAAACUUACAAAAAGCCGGUGAAUUUUAUUAAAAGGGGGGCAGUGACGAAUGUCAAGGUAGACAACACAAAAACAAACAAACAUGAUAUUUUCGACGAGGUUACAGUUGCUGAUAUGCCUGGUGGUGUACGCGUCCAGCGCACACGCAAUCAUGGUGAAGUUUGGCACUAAAGAUGGUCCCAUUGUACCUCCAACGCCGGAGCCUACUCCUGCCCCACAGCCGUACCGUAAACCUGCGCCUGUGUGGGAGGAACGCUCCAAUGACACGCCCGACCCUAACGCUCAAUGGCGACCACCCUUCUUCGUGCCUCAGCCGAGAUACACUAACGUCAUCUUCAACUCCCCUCCACCACCGCAGCAGUUGAACAAUGCGCAACGAUUUGUCAACGCUUACAUUCCUCUCAAAGCGGUGCAGCAACACCAGAGAGGACAAGUUCAUCAAUCAAACCCACCAGCUAUUCUUGGAAGUCAGAGCUUACCAGGCAUUGGUCUCCGGUACUUCUUCCCAGCUUACGUUCAAGAACAAAACCCAGCAAAACAAGAAGAUGCUAAAUUCAAUCAGAUAGAAGGCGCUCAUGAGCCCGGAACGGUGGGUGUGGACUCUGCUCACGAUUUCCAGUGGAAAUACGAGAAGGACGCCACGAGGCGGAAUGUUAGGAAUUCUCUGGAAAGUACAGUAAGAGCACCAGUCUACCAAUGGCCAGUUUACGUUCCCCCGCGGCAUCACUAACGUUACUAAGUUCUUAGCAACAUGUCAGCCAUGUUGUUAUACGAACGCCGUAGUAACUGUGAUGUUUAAAUUUAGUAUUAGUUUAAGAAAAAAGUGCCAGAUGUAUCUACGUUUAUACAAUACUAAAAUGAUUGGUGGCUGUGUGGCAGCCCUACUUGGUCAAAAGGUCUGGAGAUUUCUUUUUAUAUUUAUAAAUGUUAAAUUAUAAUUAUUUUCAGACAGCGCGGUAUUUUAUUACACUAUGUAUAUAGUUUAAGAGUUACAAUGAAAUAAUAUAAGGGCCGCUAUGGUAUUUAUUACAGUGUAACUUCCUGGUUGAAUUGACACUACAAUAGUGCAAUCAAUAAUGAAUGGCAUUGUUAUUUUUUGUUCAAUUCUAUUAACAGAAUAUUCAGCAUUAUAAUAUUAAGUUGAUGAAAAAUAAUAAUAAACAAUAAACAAUUUGGUUUGGGCCGUAGGUAAAUUUUGUGAAAUUUUAUGAUUUUAUGAAGCAGUAAAAUAUAAAAUUGUUUAUAUUUGUGUACAACUGCUGUAAACGCUUGAUGGAACUGAUAAAAGCAGAAAAUUCAAAGGACUAUUUUAGCACUUAUCAUCCACUUACACAGAAUUUUAGUUGCAAGACCACCAUAGGCCAUUUUUUAUCAUUCAACCUUCACAAGUUUUAUUUACGUAUCAAAUUGCAGGUUUUCACAAAUAUUCGAAUACUUAGGUCCACAAUGUAAGGCGCUGAUAUUAUUGGCAUUGUCGAAAAUGGAAUAAUAGUAAAAUUAACAGGAAUUGCUUAAGGUUUGGUUCCUUAAGUAAUUUCUGCAUUCGUAGAGUCUUACUUUAUAAGUGGAGAUUUUUAUGAUAAAAAAUAAGUAGGUGAAUGGGAAUCCUUAGAGCGUAAAUUAAAACAAUUAUCAUUACAAAAAUAUUCCUAUUAAAGUUAUUUAUGUUUAUCAUGGGUCAUUUAACUGAAAUAAUUUUAUAAAAUAAAAAUAUGAAGUUAUUUUUGGCUUACAUUUAUUUUAUUUACAUUUUUUUUACAUUAAAAUAUUCUCCACUUUGAAUUUAGGAUUUUUUGCAUAUUAUUUCAAUUUUGGUAAAACCAAUAAGAUUUUUAACGAAGACCUUAUUUUGCUUACAACACAAUCUUUUGAUCAUUUAUUAAUUGUUGUAUAUUAAUUCAUAUUAUCAUUAAUAAGCACUAAUUUCCUAUCGCGUGGACCUUCUUUGGUUCGUAAAUUAAACUUUUUAAGGUUUCAUGAUAAGAUCUGGCCUGUUUAGGUCUUGUAACAUAGAUUCAAAAGUCUUUGGAGUCUUCUGCUGAAGACAGUCUGUUGUUUAUUUCGAUACAAAAAGUAUAAUUGAUUCUUUUGUGUCAAAAUAAAUAACUUAUUAUUGUUACAAAAGUACGGGCCCAAGAAAUACAUAUAUGUUUAUUUUAUUAUUUUAGUUUAUGUGGAAUAUUAGACAAAUAAUGUUACUUAAAUUAAUUAAAUUUUCAUAGUUAUAAACCAUAACAGCCCUUAUUGUAUUUUAUAAUAAAUUCGAGAAUUACCGUGCCUUUUAAUGUUGAAAUAGUAUAUUAAUUUUUAUACAUGUAAUUACUAUUUUGUAGUUCGAAAUUAUUUAACAUUUUAAACUAUUAAAGUACAUUAAAGGGAAGACUACCUUCAAUCCUUAUAUUCAUAAAAAUAACUAAGUAUUCUUUCCUUCCCUUAUUUUGUUAACUUUUGUCCGAAAAAAAAACUUCAAAUUCUAAACGUUUGCCCUUCAUACAUACAUUACCGCCAUGAUUUUAUACGAAAAACAUCCAGUUCCUUUUUAAAUAAAUUUAAAUUGUAUUGUUAUCUGCCAAGGUCAUACCUAUUCGUAUAUAAGUUAAAUGAUAUACAUCUAAGAAUUAUAUUGCCAUUACGUAAAAUUGUAUUCUUCCGCGCUGACAUAUUUUUCUCGGUCGCUAUUAUGUCGAAGAAUAAAGAGUAUGAAAUAAUGUUGUCGUCUAAUGACCAGACGCGUCGAAAAUAAAUACAAAAUUAGUUUUUAAAAAUACCAGCGUGACUAUUAACUCCAGAGAGUGUGACGGAAGUUCUUUGUUCAUUUUCGUGAAUCGCUAUUUGGGUACUGUCUAUUGCUAAGAUACGUAAUUGUUCACUUCUUCCCUCUCGAACUUUCAUAAGUCCAUUAAAUAAGUUCAACUUCAAUUUAAAAAAAUCAUCCGAUAAAGAUCUUUCAAAGAGCAUUACCUAUUGUUAUACAAUUUUAAACCUAUUUUACGUAAAAUGAAAGUCUACUUUCGUUUCGUUUUGUUAUUUCCUUUUAACGAAUUAAGUUAUAUACUGUAUUGUUUUUAAAUAUGUAUUACUUAGCUGUAAUUAUGCUUGUAAAUAUGUAAAAUAAAGAGAUAUAUAAACAUUU